GGAGGAAAAUCAUGUAUCUGUUAUACAAAGUCAUUUUCUUAUUAUUUCUAUGCAGUUCAAGUGCAAAAUCUGAAGAUCCCUUGGGGAAAUUCUGCAAUAAACACAGUAACAUUAGCAGUGGAGGCAAAUUAUCAGUUAAUAUUGAUAAACUAUUAGCUGAGUUAGCCCUUAAAACUCCCUCCACCGGUUUUGUUGCUACAACAUAUGGCAAAGACCAAGACCAAGUUUAUGGCUUGGCUCAAUGCAGGGGUGAUGUUAGCAUCGAAGACUGCUCCAUUUGUAUUCAAGAAGCAACAAAACAAAUCCAUCAACUCUGUCCAAACAUAGCUGAUGCAAGGAUUUGGUAUGAUUAUUGCUUUUUAAGGUAUAAUAACAAAACUUUCAUUGGUGAAGUUGAUACAUCUUUUGGUAUAUUCUAUUUCAAUGUUGAAAAUGUAACUGAUCCUGAAGCUUUUAAUAAAGAACUUGGAGUUCUGAUGGAUCAAAUUAGAGCACAAGCUGUUAUGCCCAAAGAGGAAGGGCUUGGGAAAGGAAAGUCCAUUUUGUCACCAUUUGUGACACUUUAUGCUUUGGUGCAAUGCACAAGGGACCUUUCUGAGCUAUCCUGUGCUCAGUGUUUGGCUAUUGCAGUGAGCAAAUUUCCCAUAUUUUGUAACAAUCGUAAAGGGUGUAGAGUGCUAUAUAGUUCUUGUUAUGUUCGAUAUGAACUCUACCCAUUUUUCUUCCCUCUUGAUUCAAACAAUACAGGACCUUCCAAUGCAAAAAUGGCCAUUGUUUAUCGUUAAUGCCAAAGUAGCAUUCUUGUUCAAAUGUUUGGUUGGGUACCAAAAUGACCUUUUUCAUGGAAACUAUUGCCAUCAUCACCCCUAGAAUAUGGAAGUUGCAUUUGAAAAGAGUACUUUGUCGCAAAAGAUGACGAAUAAGAAGACUUUGUCUCACUUGUAGGCAUUACUCAAACUAUGUAGUUAGGUCAAAAGCUUGAUAUUUUUCUUAUGUAUGAUAUGUCCUUGGGCAUGUAACAUAUUUUCUAUUAUGACUUUUUAUUGUUGCAACACUAUUAGAAAGGGAUAAGUACAAUCUCACCCAGUCACCCUUCAGUUUUGCAA